ACAAAGGUGGCAAUGGCACACCUCGCUAACGAUAUUUCAUUAAUGUCGGACACAGUACUGGGUUUGAGAGUUAAAUAUAAAUAGCCAUUUUAAAGGCGCUGCGUUGCUCAAUAAAUAUCAAUAAUGGCUAAAAAAGCUUACGAUUUACUCUUUAAAUUACUUCUAAUUGGAGAUUCAGGUGUUGGAAAAACAUGCAUAUUAUUCAGAUUUUCUGACGAUGCUUUUAAUACGACUUUCAUAUCUACUAUAGGUAUUGAUUUCAAAAUUAAAACUCUAGAUAUUAAAGGAAAGAAAAUAAAACUUCAGAUAUGGGACACUGCUGGUCAAGAACGUUUUUAUACUAUCACUACAUCAUAUUACAGAGGUGCCAUGGGCAUUAUGCUGGUAUAUGACAUAACAAAUCCUAAGAGUUUUGAUAACAUUGCAAAAUGGCUACGAAAUAUUGAUGAACAUGCAAAUGAAGAUGUAGAAAAAAUGAUUCUAGGAAACAAGUGUGACAUGGAGGACAAAAGAAUGAUCAGUAAGGAGCGAGGAGAAGCUAUUGCUCGAGAGCAUGGAAUCCGAUUCUUAGAAACAAGUGCAAAGGCAAAUAUCAAUAUAGAGAAAGCUUUUAGGGAAUUAGCUGAAUCAAUAUUGAAUAAACAAAUGGCUGGGAAGGAACAGACAGAAUACCCUGAUAAAGUACGAGUUACAACGCAAGACAUCAGAGGCAUAAGAAAAUGCUGCUAGGAUAUAUAUAUAUAAGUACACUUGCCUUUCUUCAUCCAUACACUGCUGUCUGGAAAUCUGCUUGCAGUGCUCCAUACAAAAAAAAUUAAUACAUUUUGUAUUUGCCUGGCUGGACCUGUUUGCCUUAGAGGCCACUCAUCCUCGGACUCUGUGCAUUAUAUUGUCUGCCAGGACUAUAGUGCAACUUGUGAACUGUAAGAUAUAUAUACGUCCCAAAGUCUGACUGUUUGCCAUUUUUCUUGUAUUCCAAAGGAAAUUAAGUGUUGCUUACUGGCUUGGAUGAAACCAAUUUUUUUCCCGACAGUUUUUCUAUUUUGUGUUUUUUCAAAUUGUGUUAUAUGUUUUCCCUUUUCAAACUGUUUUGCGCAAGAUGAAUGUAGGUUUGUUCUAUAGAUUUUUUUAUAAGAAAUUAGACAUUUAAAGGCAUUUCUGUUUAUUGCAUUUUUCCUUUUGUUUUCAAAUAUUUAACAACUUACCAAUUUUUCAUUUUUUACAUUACUUUUCUAAGAAAUAGUUUCUUUAGAAAAUAUUUUGUGUUGAAAUAAAUAUCCAAGUUUCUUGAGCGUGAAAAUUAAUGCACAGAUUUUGUAUAUAAAUGUUGGGGGUGAUGGCCCACUGAAAAUUGCUGUAAAUGCAGGCAUAUCGACUGUGUGACAAAAUGUCACACUCAUAAAAUUUUGCUUUAUAAUUUUUAUAGCCUCUUAAAAAUAAACUUCUGCAUCAUCUUGCAAGUGAUAUGAUUCUGAUAGGUUUUGUGAUUAACUGCUGAAUUAAUCUGAUCAAAAUAUCAAGAGAUAUUUCCUGUGAUCAUGAAGAAAAUUUUAUCAACAGACAGACGAAUUUUUUUCAGUUUUUUUAAUUUAAUUUUUGGAAGUGAGUGUCAUUUUAUGUAAUGAAUUAUCUGUGAUUUGAUUUUAAUCAAUUGAAUUAAGAAGACUGCAGUACUCACUUAACUUGGCAGUUUUCAUAUCAGUUGAAAACUAUGCAGUUAUGGUUUUGUACAGUGUGAUAAAAAAUAAAUAAAUGUUUAAAUGAUGAAAGUUCCUUUUAAUUUUGCUCAGAAUAUAUCAAAUGAUUUGCUUUUGCAUGACAUACAAUGAAUAUAAAUGCGCUUUUAAUAUUGACUGUAGAUAUAUGUAGCUUGUAAAUACAACAAAAAUACUCCUUUUAUAUAAGAUGAAUUGAAACAGUUUAGGAUGUUUAAAAUAAAGUGUUUAUUGCUGUCUUUUUAAUUCAUUUUAGAUAUUUAAUGAAAUGAAAAAUAAUGAAUUAAUAGAAGAUCUGACUGCCUGUGUUCACUUUCACUUCAUAAAUAUUUGGUUACUGUUAUCUUUUUGAAUUGUCAGUUUUGAAAUUAUAAUUAAAGAAAAGUCAUGUCAUUAAAUGUCUCUCCCCUCUUUUUGUUUAUAAGUUGAAUUUCCACAAAGUUGUUUAUCAUAUUAAUAUAACAUUUAAAAUUGCUGUAUGAAGGAGUUGAUUAACUACUGAAUUUCUUAAGUUUAUUCAGAAAAAAAAAUUAAUUGCACAUUUCAUAUCAUUUGUAUUUACAUUCAUUUUUUGACUUGUGUUUUGGUUUCUAAGUUUGCCUCCUUUGUAUUUAGUAAUUUUCUUUUUUAUUUUACCGAAAUAUUGCUCAUAGAUUUGUCUUUCAUGUUCUUUUUCUAAUUUUGUAGUUAAUUUAUUUUAGUAUGUUUUUUUUUUUCUCCCCUUAAAUUUUGUAAACAUGCACAUAGAUCUGCUUUUACUGCUUUCAAUAAAUGUCAAUUUCAGUUUUUAUGCAUUAGCAUUUUUUGAUGAGUGGAUUUGUAAUGCUUUGUAGCAGUGUAUAUUUUCUUAAAUCUGUAUAGUCAAAUUUUGAAAAUACUUGUUUAUCACUAAUAUUAAGCUUGUGUAGUUUACAAAAUUGCCACAAAAUUUGUUUAAAAAAAAUAAAGAAAAUUUACAAAUAUCUGGAGUUAUUUAUAUACUUUAAUCCCAUUUGUGAAAGGUACACACUGUUUAAUUUUUUUCUUUCUAUGUUCUAAUCAUUUAUUGGUUGCUUAAAAUUGAUGCCGAGUUAAAAUUAUUGCUUUUGCAUGUU